AUGUCUCGCGAAGCCUAUGCUCCUCCUACCCUCCAGCCCUCAAGCUCCAACUUCAAUACCACCAGCACAGACAUCUUAGGAUCCUCAACACAGUACCUCUGCGGCGAGUGCAACGCCAAAGUGCAGCUGAAGAAAGGAGACGCGAUACGAUGCAAGGAAUGUGGACACAGGGUGCUGUACAAGGAGAGGACGAAGAGGAUGGUGCAAUUUGAGGCAAGGUGA